AUGGAUACUUCAACGCCAAGUACACCUCCCGGUCCUCAAAACGAAACAAAUACUACAAACGAAAAUUUAAGUAACGCGAAGACUCCUCCUCCUUCAACUGUUCCUAUUGCAUCUCCGUCAUUAUUAGGUACACCCUCUACACCAACACCUGCUACACCAGAAUCUACCACAUCUCUUCCAAGGCCAAGCAUAGGUCCAAUAUAUUCCGCGGUUUAUUCCGGAGUACCGGUUUAUGAGUUUCUUGUACGAGACGUCGCUGUGAUGCGCCGGCGUCCGGAUUCUUACUUGAACGCCACGCAAAUUUUGAAGGUUGCAGGUCUUGAAAAAGGUAAACGUACAAAAAUUAUCGAAAAGGAAGUUUUAACUGGUGAUCACGAAAAAGUUCAAG